GUGGUGUUGGCCUGGGUAUUGGCUAUGCGUUUGGGGUGAUCAGGAAGAAGAAUGUCUACGUUUAUAGUUUAUCAACUGGCUUGAACUUUUUUAUUGUACCACUUGUAUUCUUUGGUAAGAUAUUGCUCUGUUAAUUAAGCAAUCAUUGUUACGUAAGGGUAUUGAACAGUGUAAUUUAUCAAAAAAGGAAGAACCUCCAGGUUGGGUUCAUUUUUAGCAGCAGACCUGUCAACUCACUUAGUGCUGCCGGUUUUUACCUUUUUUCAAUUUCUCUCCGUAUGAAGAAGAUAUUUUCUACGCUUGCUUUUUCUUGUUUUAAUUGUUUGCAAGUAUUGGAGAUUUUCCAGAUUCAAGAAUCUAGCAAAAACGUAAAUCGAAACCGUAGACUAUAAGUGUUUAACUUUUUAGCCAUUUUUGUACCAUAAUAAGCGAUAUGUAUGUUAGCUUAGGGAUGCCAGAAGGUGGAAUAUGAGAGGUAACAUUUUGCUUUAUCAAAAACUGCAAAUGCCUUUGGUUUUGCAAGUGAAAGUUUUUCCCCUGUGUUAAAAUUUUUGGGUUGACGGGUCUGAGUAGCUGUAGCUUGGUAAUUGUCGCUGGCUAGAGUCCGAGAAAUGUACAUAAUUAUAUGGAUUUCUGUUUUGUACAGGUAUUCGUCAAGUUGUGCAAACUGGAGAUGCUACUCCGAAAUUUCUGAAAAAUGAACAAACAUCAUUUGCUAUAAGCAACCCUUAUGCUCUUUCUGUAACCAGUGGUUCAGUAACAGGCUGCCUUACAUCGUUAUAUUCUAUAAGUAAGUUGCUACUACCUCAUUACGGUCUAUACCGUUAAACUUAUCGAUUCUCUCCGAUCUAAACAUACACUAGUGACACAGUAUAGUCUAUGUCCACCAUUUUUAGCAUAAAAGAGUUUAAGAUCCACGAUCUUCACGCGAAACAACCGCAUAAUAUAUGAAUAACGUGUUGUCCCAUGUAGGGUGUCCUCAACAGCGUUGUCAAGGCCCACACAGACCGGACGCGUUUGGCAACGCGACGCGAAUUUUCAGUUUUCAAUGACAUUUAACUUUAAUAUUUUUCAAUGUUUUUUCUGAUAUUCGGAACCACUUAAGCAAUUUUAGCUAUUUGGUCUGCAUAUCUUGUAAAAUUUUUAUCCGUUGACGGUUUUUUGUUUGUUUUCGUUUUUGAAAACUGAAAAUUCGCGUCGCGUUGCCGAAUCGCGUCCCGUCCGUGUGGGCCUUCAUUCUCAACACAAGCAUAAUCAAAGUCUUUCGAGCAACGAUCACGUCUUUCCAACAUAUACAGUAGCAAUCACUGCAUCGUUGAAAAGCUUCAAACAUUUCUUACAGUAAUUAAUCAAAUUGCUUUAAUAACGCUGAUUCUUGAGCUGAAAUUCAGACUGCAUCGUAGAGUUUUCCACGGCGUAGAUUUUAAACUCUCCAGGGGUCAGAGAGAAAUAUUAGAAUAACUGAGCUCUUACAUGGUCUCGUGAAUAGACUAGUUGGAGUUUGGAUUUCACAUCCAAGUGGAGUGUUUGAGUCGGGAUAAAAUGGGAUUUCAAUCUAGGACAUAAAAGUCCCCUCGCCCACCGAUAGAAACUGACGUCACCAUAUGUGAUGAAAGUGUUAAAAUAUACUUGUGCAGUUUUGUAUAUGUGUGGAUGAAAAUGCGAUGAUUGUAAGUCCCAGAUUAGUCCUUUUAAUGUAGAUUCAGGAUAGAGAUUUUGAACUAGAAGUGCUGUGCACCAAAAUUAUGGAUUUCUUCGCACAAAAGGUUUUUUAAGGAAUUGUUGCAUCACAAUUUAUUUUUAUUCACACAUACACAAGGCUGCCCAAGUACGCACUUCCUUUACUUAUGGUGGCAAAGAACUGGGUGCCACCAAUAGAAGAUUCCCCUUAUUACGUUUUCGUAGCGCUUUGCAUUGUGGUUAUAGUGGUAUCACUGAUAAAGAUAGCGGCCUCGAAUGAAAAUAUUGAAUGUUUUCGCGAAUAUUUUGCUUUUGGCUAUCGUGCACCUGACCCUAGCUUUUUUAAAUGUUCUUGCACGGGUCCGGACAAAAAAUAAGCCAUCUUGAAUAUCAGUGAUACCACUAUAACCACAAUGCAAAGCGCUACGAAAACGUAAUAAGGGGAAUCAUCUAUUUAUGGGAGGUGCUAAUGUUUUGGUCACCCCCUGUAGUUUGAACUGGAAGAUUUAAUUGAUGCGUAUCACUCAUCCAUUUCAGUUUUACCUCAUUAUUUGUAUUUCAGAGAGAAGCCUUAAAUCAACUGUACUGUUUGCAAUGACUGGAUGUGUUCUUGGAGUUUCUGGUAAGGUUAUAUUGACUUUGAGUCGUUAA